AUGUGUUUUUUUCAGAAAACUCUGAAGGAUAAAGAGCUGGAGCUGAUUCUGCUGAAAAACCAAAAGCUGGAAAACUUGUGCCGCGCUCUGCAGCAGGAGAGGAAAGGUCUGAAGGAGGAGGACCAGCAGAACCAGAAGAGCACCCCCAUGGCCUCCCCCGCUGAGGCCACACCCACAGAAACCUCCCCCGCUGAGGCCACUCCCACAGAGACCUCCCCCGCUGAGGCCACUCCCACAGAGACCUCCCCCGCUGAGGCCACACCCACAGAAGAGCAAGAAGCUGGGGUCAAAGUGUCUCUGCAAGUCCAGUCCUCUGCAAAAGCCUCGGCCACAACUGAAGUCUUGCCUCCCCCUCAGUCCUCACCCCAACCUCCCCCCAGACCAGCCUCCCCCAAGCCGUCUGAAGCUCCUGUCGUGCCACUGAGCAAGACACCUUCUGCUCAGCCAUUGCCCCAACAAGCCACGCUAGAAGCUAUCAGAGCCCCCGCCCAAGGAACCUCUGAGGCGGCAGUCCAAGCGUCUUCCAAACCACUGGACCGCAAGUCUCCCUCCCCCUCCCCCAACCUCCCCCAGAGGGAGUCACUGAAGGCCCAGGAGCUGAACACCCUCAAGGCCCAGCACCAGCGUCUGCAGGAAAUCGCCUGCUCUUUCACCAUCUCCCACGCCGUCCCAGACCAGGUGUGGCGCCAGAUUGGUGUGGAGAUGGAACCUCAGGAGGAACCGGGGGAGGAGGACCAGAGCGAGGCCCUGGACGAGGAGCAGAGGAGCAGGAAGGAGGAGCUGGAGUCGGUGGACUGA